CCAGAGUGCGAACUGCUCUAGAGUUACAGAGCUCUGGUUGGAAACAGGGGCCAGAAGGCCGCCUCCAAGUUCCUGACGUCACAGUAGCCCCAGCUGCUGUUGUGACAAUGAGCUGAGUGGCCCUUUGAUGGUGAAGUUUGAGAAGGGACUUGCAAGAACCGCUGUGCGAAUGGACGGACUUUGUUUUAAAAAGGAAUUAUUGAGACUGUUCUUUCAGACACCUAGCUCUCUGCUCCACUUAUUACAUUGCUAAACUGACCACACAGAGCCUGACCUGCUGCAGGACUGCCCCCAAGUACAAGAAGGCUUUAUUUUAAAGGCAAGUGAGACCCCUUCCAAUCAAACACUUCCACAUUUCCAAGAAACAGCUGAGAGAAGGCAGAGAUGAGCAGAGACCCCUUGGCUGACCCCCACACAGUUGCCAUGGACCUGCAUAAGCAGCGGGAGAACACAGAGGCCAACUGGCAUAAGGAAAAGAUGGAAUUACUGGACCAGUUUGAUAACGAAAGAAAAGAAUGGGAAAGUCAGUGGAAGGUCAUGCAGCAGAAGAUUGAACAGCUUUGCCAGGAAGUAAAGCUGAGGAGGAAAAUGAAUAUGAAUGAACCUUCUAAGGUCAUUGAUAUUGAUCAUGGUCAAAAUAAAAUGGAAUUUCCUCCAAAUCCCUCCGAUUCAGGACAACGUGAAUUUAGAGUGAGGAAUCAUCAAGAUGAUCUGGAAAAGGACCACAAACUAGAAAGGGACUUCCUCAGAGGAGGAAACCAAGCUUAUAAAAAACAAAACACACCCACAGGAAGCAAAGUCGGGCUUCUGAAUCCUUUGGCCACAGAAGAGGAGGCAUGUGAGGCAUGGUCUGGAGCGAGGACUUCUGAGGAGAGUAAAGAUUGUUCUGUCGCCCUUAACACAGCUCUUGAAGAACUUGCAAAAGUGAGUGAAGCAUUAUGCACCUUUCAAGAGGAAAUCCGAAAGCACCCUAACCACAGACGGAUGAAGUCAGAUUCUGUUCUCCGGGAAAUGCCCAAUGCAAUCCGUGUACCUCAUGGGGACCACUUGAUCAGUAAUGGCCAGAGCAUUCUUCCAACCAAUUUGGAGAAAGAAAAACAGCAAAAGAAUCAGAGCUGGGCUAAUGGAUUCCAAAACAAUUCUAUGAAAAACUGUGGAAUUGAUAUAAUUGAUUUACAAAGAAGUGAAAUACCACCAAUUCCUCCUCCAAGAAGUACCUCUCGAAAUUUCUCCAGCUCAUACUCUGAACAAACCCAAGAAAGACUGAAGGAAAGUUUAUACCACAGUUGGGUGGCCCAUGAGAAUCAAGACAAAAGGAAUUGCAGUCCUCAUUUCCUUUUGAGGCAGUCUCCAUUGUUUCCACAAGACAGAAGACUGAAAGACAGUACCAUGGUUUCCUCUUUGACACCAGAAGUCAAAAUAGAUAGCAAGCCUCCAGGUAAUGAAGACACUGGACUUAAUAUGUGGUCAUGUGACACUUUUAUAGGUACAAAGGAGAGCCCUUCUACACAGUCUCAAAAAGUUGGUUUCACCCCCCAUAAAGCAAAAUUUAAUAAGGUGAUUCCUGAUAACCCUACUAAAUAUCAUCUUGAUCAUCAUGUGAAAAAUGACUUUCUUCACUCACUGACACAGACAGACCCAUGCAGAAGUUACAACUGCAAUUUAGAAAAGACUCCAAGGAAUGAAAAGCUGGCAGCAAAGAUUGAUGAAUUUAACAGAACUGUAUUUAGAACAGACAGAAAUUGUCAAGCAGGACAGCAAAGUCAAAGCUACUCAAAACCACUUGAUUAUCUCCAUCUCUGUGAUAGCUCUACUGCUCAAACAGAUGAUGUAUCAGAAAGUGUCAGUGGGACUAAUGGCUUGAAAGCUAGUGACCAAAUGCCUGUGCCCAUGGAAAACAUGUUCAGUAAUUCCACAGAAGUAUCUGCAACAGGCCUGGUCAAACAAAUUCAGGCAUGUGUGAGUCCCAGCAGCUAUCAGCUCAUGUUCCACGAGCAUGAUUGGCGACCAAGCAAUUUUUCUAGCCGGCCAAAGUCAGCUGAUCCCAGAUCAAAUUAUGGUGUUGUGAAAAAGCUGCUGAAAACCUAUGAGACAGAGACGGGGUCUGCACAGCAAAACUCGAAAUGCUUCAGGGAUAACUGGACCAAAUGCGGUUCUGAUGAAUCCAUAGCAGUGAAAGCCUCAAAUGGAAAAGGAUUUUCCCGACCUGCUAGACCAGCCAAUCGCCGGCUCCCAUCCAGAUGGGCAUCCAGAUCACCAUCUGCACCCCCAGCCUUACGGAGGACUGCCCACAGCUAUAAAGUCUCUCUGCAAACCGCAGCCCAGAUGGUCUAGAUCUCUAGCCUGCAUUGCUGGAUUACAAAAGUUUUCAUCCCUUUUGCCAAACUGAAUAUUCAGCGUGUUUACAAACUGUCCUGUUCUCUUCUGCAUCUUUCAAGAUCACUGGGACAAGCGAUCUAACCCUAACUUUCCAUCAGUCUUCAGUGUUUUUAAUCUAUGAUAUAAUUUUCUCCUUGUAUUUUAAUUUCUUAGAUUAGAUUUUUAUUGCCAUCUUCAUUGACUUUCCAAAAUGAUUUAAGUUGACACAAUGUACAAUAUUGUAUAUUCUAACUUUCUUGCAAAUGCAGAAAACAAGGUUAUGUGCAUGGCCAUGUGUUUGUAGGUGCAUGUAUUGUCAUAGGAAUGUAUUUAGGUUAAAAAAAGUGCCAGUGUUGACUUUAAAUUAUAACAUGUAGACCUAUAAUUCUUUGUGUUUAUUUUACAGUUUUGAAAAUAUACAAUCCUAUUUAUAUAGUGCACACCUUUUAAUAGGUAUCCACCUAUGGCAUUUGACGUUCAUAUAUUAUUAACCACUUCCUUGGCCACCAACUGCAUUGAAAAAUAAGAAUUAUACACAAACAUUAGCAGUUUUCCAGAAGUCUUAUCUUAAAUAGCAUUUUAACCCAUAUGAAGAUAACUUGUAUUGUUUCUUGUUUGAAGAACAACAUCACAGGUUUAACAGAUCAGCCUUCUAAAGCAAGCAUAAGAUGCUCAUUUGUGCUUUUAUACAUCAUCUGGUAGUCUCACAUGGCUUUAACUAUAUACUUGAUUCUCAGAGCCAGUAUCGUAAGACUGCCUUAAUAAUGACAGGACAAAGUAAUGAAUUUAUUUUGUCAAUCUCAGUAACAAACAUUCCUUAAAUGACAUACAAAAAGGAAUUAAGUUGUGCUGAAUUUUACUUUUUGUUAAAAUUGUGGUAAGUUUUUUAGCUGCUUUAUCUGGAGUUCUGCCUCUGUAGAAGUAAGUCACUUGUUUUGAUUUUUCCCUUUUUCUAAUUGUUUCCCCAAAAUUAGUAGCUAAGAGAUGAAUUCACUUUUUUUAAAUAAAGAGGAUGAUCAGGAACAAUAUUUUAUUGACAGCUAAAUUAUGCUGUAUUUCUUAUACUGUGUAAAAAGGCCUUAAACUACAUUUGGGCAUUGAUAGUCACAUGAAAAACUGUGAUUUAUAGUUCGGCUACAAUUUGCUCACACCAGAUGCGUGAAAUCUUUACUGAUAAGUAGCAUGGAGGAAGCAGGAAAGUUGAGAUCCUUAGAAGCCUAGAAGGAUGAACUUCAAAGCCACUUUGUUGCCCAUCGUUCCCGUUUAUAGACAAUUAUGUUAUAUGGCUAGUUAAAUAUUAAUUCUACUUCACCCAAAAAAGAAACAGAUUCAGUGGCUGUUCUCCUUAGUAUACUCUAGCCACUAAGAGGAACCCACUUUAUGAUACCAAUCCCUGAAGUAAAGGAAGUAAUUUGUAAAUCACAGAUUGCCUUAGAAGGCUUGAGACAGUAGCAUAGUGAUGGCUAGAUUCUUGGUUUACAGGGAGAAAACUUCCAGGGCUUAAGUGGAAUUAAGUGUCUACAAUGUGAUUUUGGCACAAAUUGUGAAGGUUAUAGAUCCACUCUCUCAUUCUUGCUCCCAUCAGGGACUUUUCCUACCACAGGAGAGUAGUCAAGAUGGCAGGUGUUAAUUGCUCUGUACUUUUCCCCUAGAGGAGAGAAAUUACCAGAAAAGUGGUUCCUAGGGGCAGGAAAUGAUAAACUACAAAUAUUGCCAUGGGUAUUUCUGUUCCUCUGUGCCCCUGGGUCCCAGGCAGGACUCCUAGAUUCCAGGCAGUCUGGAAGUCAUCCAUAGGCCCCCCCAGGGUCAGGUCUGUUCCUCUGCUCCCCUGGAUCCCAGUCAGUCUGGGAGUGAUCUGUAGCUCCCAUCUUUAUGUUCAAACUAGAAUGUUGAGAUCUUUAAAAAUCGGAAGUCCCGAUCUCAUCUCAAAAAUAAUAAUGAAAGAUUUCCAACAGUAGGUGCCUGGAAUUCUUGGAGUCUUCAAUAAAACAAAACAGUGUAAACUAUUUGAUGGUCAGGGGUAACUGACUAAACCUGAAUGGGUUUGAACUUUGGAUAAUAUCUUUCAUCACUUAGUACUUUCCUUUGUUCUCAACAAACAAAAAAAUUGCAUUGCCAGGCUUCAUACGUUUAAGCCACAUUUUCUAUUAUCAUUUGGAUAAACCAAUGGGUCCAUUUUAAUACCUUCUAUCAGCUUGAAUGAUACACUAUUAGAGCUAAAAGAUUAACAUUUAGUCCAACUCCUUGAUUAGAAAGCUGAAGAAGCUAAGACAAAUUGAUUAGUCUAUGUUCUCUUUUAAAGCAAUUUAUAAUUUUUAUGAAAAAUUUACCAGAUAAGUGGAAAUUAUUAUUGAAAAUAUUUUUUGAAUUAUUGUUAUUUAUAACUGGUACUUUUUCUAUUCUGAGUAGAUAUUUUCCUCCCCAAAGUAUCACCUUUCAUUAUGCUAUCAUCCCUAGGUCUAAGAAUAUUUAACCAUUUGCAGGAAUAUUUCAUUAGGAAUAUCUAUUUAGAUAUGUUUUCCCUAGAAAGCUUUUGAAACAAAAAGUCUUUUUCACAAGGGAUUAUUGAAACUUCUAGCUGAUCUUCUAGCCGAGUACUUGAAGUCCUUUCUCUCUGUCUCUCUCUGUCUCUCUGUCUCUCUGUCUCUCUGUCUCUCUGUCUCUCUGUCUCUCUCUCUGUCUCUCUCUCUCUCUGUUUGCACUUUCAUGUACAUUUUGGAUAUUGCCUUAUAUCCCUAAACCAAAUAUAAAAGUAUAAGUGAUCAUUUGUAUUAUCCAGCACUUCAAACAUGAACCAUAACUUUCAUUUGUCCCCAAAGUGUGAUUUACUUCUACAUAAAUGAUUUAACCAGUCACCCCAAAGUCCCCAAAAAACAAAAUAUCCAAAAAAUCUGGUCCCAUAAAGAGUAUUAAACAUCUUUAACUUAUUUUAUUUUAGGUACAUUUUCUGAUAAAAAUAUUAUUUGAUAUGGAAACCUUCAGCCCUUGGAAGUUAUUAAAUAAAAUAAGUUUGGAAACACC